GAUCAGUCUUUCGACCAUCUGCAGUUCGGCCUCCAGCUUUUCGAUGUAAGUGUUCAGGGCCUGUUGAUGCUCUCUGUUAGCCUGUAGUGCCUUCUGAGCGAGUUGAUGGACAUGGUUGGCUUCUUGCGAUUCCACCAUGAAGGCUUCACUACCAGGCUUCAUGAGAUGCGAAAUGAAUGGAACGAGCAGUACACAUGUAUGUAGUGCUGUGCGGAGAACCACAAGCAGCUCUCAACAAACAGUGACAACGGCUGUUUGCCAACUACCGCCAUGGCCAAAGGUGCUGCUAAACGCAUAGCUGGUCAGAACGAACGGGCCAUUAAACAUCUCCGUCUGGGGAUGGUCAUCCCGACCAUACUGUCGCUUGUCCUUCGUUUGCUGCUUAGACGGGACUCAUUACCACCUUCGAAGGGCUCUCUGACCAUCUAUGUACUGACAUAUCUUCCGGCUCUCUUCCUGUCGCGGUAUUUGGAAAAUAUCGGGACUUCUCGCCGCGAUCCUACAACGGGAGCCCUUAUUUCCUCUGGCGAGGAUCUCAACCAACCCGGCGUCACAGAAUGGUGCUUUGACAUUCUUUAUAUUACCUGGUCAUGCCAGGUUGGCAGUGGGGCAUUCGGGGAGUGGUUUUGGUAUUUCUAUCUGGUGAUACCACUGUACGCGGUCUUCAAAGUCUGGACCGGUUUCGUCGGUCCAUACUUGUUGCCGUCGUCAGGCAGCCCGCCAGCGGACGACGCAAACAAGGCAGAGACAUUGAGCAAACGACAAGAAAAGCUGCGCAAACGCAGCGAACGAGGGGAUCCGCGGGUCCGUGCAGUGCACAAAUGAUAUGGCAGGCGGAUUUACUGUAGGACCUCGACCUCAAGCAUAUGAUCAGCAUUCGUCUGUGCCUACCAUACAGUCAAAUGUUGACCGAUCUGCAUAUCUACUGUCCCGAAAUCCUGUAUUUAGGUACGUAUAUGUCUGUCAAGGAACACGAACAACCGCUAGAGC